AUCAUGGAAGAAAUAAGAAUUCAGUUGUCAACGAAAGAAACUGAAAACUCCAAGACAUUUUUGAUUAGUUGGGGUUAUGGGAUUGGAAAAGCAUUAAGUGAAGCAGAGAAACCUGCUUUUAAGGGACUACUUCCUGUUGCUGCUACAGCUAUUCAAUCAGAAAACCACAGUUUGUCAGUAGAUAAGCAAAAGGUUCAUGGAUUUUACCAUGAGUCACAUCUUUUUUGUUUUCUUCCCUUACCAGUAAAGUCAGAAUUACCAGUGCAUGUCAAUGCAUCGUUUGCUGUUCUGUCAAGCAGAAAAGAACUAGCAUGGCGAAAUGAAGAUGAUUUAUUGGACAGUGCAGAAGAUCAAUGGAAUAAAGUGCUUUUAGAAGAUGCUGGUAGUCAAUCAUAUAUACACAUGCUCACCAGAAUAGCUCGGCAGGAAACAAGACCUGAACCCCAAGAUUACUAUAAUAUAUGGCCAUCCAUGACUUCUACACAUAAGCAUGAUCAAAUAUUAUCUCAUCAUAUAUACCUAACUAUAUGUGAAGGAAAUUACAAUGUUUUUUUAACACCACAAUUACAUGCUGUUUCUUUGAAACAGUCUGUUUUUCUAGACCCAAAAUUGAGGAAAGAUACCACUGUUGGAACAAUAGCUUUUAAAGCUUUGCAGAACUUCUUAAAAUCUUUAAAAAGAGGACAAGUUCAUCCUAUUGACUUGCCUUCAUCAAUAUGGGAGAAUUUUGAGCAUGCUGAAUGCCUACCCUUCUUAGAAGAGUAUGUCAUCUCAAUAGAAGAGUUCUACUCCAUAAUUAUAUUUCCACAUUUAUUAGAUAGCUACUGGUUGAAGGAAGAUUUAGAUAAAAUUCUUCUAUAUGGACUUAAUAAUGGCAGCAAGGAUUUAUUGAUACUUUUUUCCAACCAUGAGUGUAUUCCUACUAAACCAAAUGGUAAACUAGCACGUCCAUCCAAACUCAUACACCCAAAAGGAGAACUGGCUAAACUAUUUUCUGAAUCGGAAGAAUGCUUUCCAGAACAAACUCAACUUUUAUCAGAAAGUUUCAAUAGUUCACAAUCUCUUGAACAGCUAGAAUUACUAGGGAUGCAGGUGGAUGAAUUUAGUGACUGGGAACUACUUUCUGAAAGAAUAUAUGUUGUAUUAGAAUCUGGAGAUUAUGAACACAUUAAGAAACGAUGCAUCGAUUUUCUUCGGUACUUAUCAUCACCUUGUACCAGACAAGGAGUUGACCAAACAUCUAGCAGAUAUCAAGUUUGUCCAGGUCAUGUUCGAGAAAAAAUUUCCUCUCUAAGAUUUUUACCUCGACUGUCUAUUUGUCAAAAAUAUGCAUGGUGUAAGAAAACAAAUACUAGUGAAUUUAUCUCUGCAACAGAAGGAUAUCUGCCUGAAUUAAUAGAUCUUGUAGGAUGUAUACUACCAAUUGUUGACACAGAAGAUUUCAAAUAUAGGAUCCCAAGGUUAAUUGAGGUUUUGAAAUGGUUAGGUGUUCGACAAGAAACAAAUAUUCAAUCAGUUGUUGGUAAUUUAUUGCAGAUAUCACAUGACUAUAUUACAUCAGAACCAAAAUCCAGUGAUGUGUUUUAUGCAUUAGAAAAAUCUGUGUUAAAAAUGUAUGACUUUAUUUUAUCACACACAAAUGACGAAGUCAAUACCUACAUUGUAGAGAAAUUAAGCAAUGCAGCAGUUAUUCUACAAGACACCACAAUGAAGAAACCACAAGAGAUGGUGCUAAAUUUACUCAGUGACCUUUCUCCAUAUUUAUAUACAAUAAGCCCAGGAUAUAAGAAGUAUUCAUACUUUUUCUGUUUAAUUGGUGUGACAGAGAAACUAACCAUCUCCAAAAUACUUGAGGUUUUAGUAAACAUGUCUAAUGAUAAAGGUAGUGAAGAGCUAUCUGAUGCUGAAAUAACAUGUAUGGUGCAUUUAACUGAGUCAUUACCAGAACUACUAAGACACAAUGUCAAUAGUCAGCUGAUUAAUCUACCAGAUAAUAAAAUUGACAGUCAACUGAUUAAACUACCAGAUAAUGAAAACAAAUUAACUCCAAUCAAAAACUUAUGGUUUGAUGAUACUCCCUGGCUGAAAUACAGGUCAAAAAACAUCAAGCCAUUACAUGAGAAGUUUACGAAAUGUGUUGCAAGAUCCAUGGGAGUCCAAUCAAAACGUGAUCAAACUGUGAAUUCGUUAUCAAAAACUGAUAAAUUCUUUCAGUUUGGACAACAUGAGGAUUUAACCAGUCGUAUUCACCGCAUUCUUGAGAGUUAUCCAAGAGAUGAAUCAGUUUUAAAGGAAAUUCUCCAAAAUGCUGAUGAUGCUGGAGCAACAGAGGUUAUAUUCAUAAAGGAUUUCAGGAAUCUUCCUGCAAAGUCCUUACCAAAUGAAGAAUGGAGUGAUAUGCAGGGACCUGCUUUAUGUAUUUACAAUGAUAGCUAUUUCACAAAACAGGAUUUAAAAGGCAUUCAAGAUUUGGGCAUAGGAACUAAGAGAGAUGAUGUAUUAAAGACUGGUCAGUAUGGAGUAGGAUUUAAUGUAGUAUAUCAUAUAACGGAUGCUCCAUCAUUUUGGUCAAAAGGUGGAGAAAUAGGAGAGGUUGUCUGCGUAUUUGAUCCACAUUGCAAAUAUGUUUCCAUGGCAACUCCAGAGAAGCCAGGGAUGAUGAUAGAUGCAGAAGAUCUGCAUGAAACAUUUGCUGACUUUCACACAGGUUAUCUACCAAUGUUAACUAGGGAUAAGACACAGGGAACUUUAUUCCGUUUACCAUUACGCACAGAAGAAAUGGCAUUAACAUCCAAAAUUUCAGAUGAAGUCUCUAAAGAACAUAUAGAAGAAGUCAUUGAACUAUUAAAAGAUCAAGUUUUUUCUUGUAUGAUCUUUUUAGAAAACAUAAAGAAAGUAAAAAUCGGUUCCAUUAUGGAAGAAGAAUUGGUAAUUGAAUAUGAAGUUGCUUCAACAAUGUCUGGUGAAGAUGUAAGCAAACAGGAAGAUUAUAAUGAUUACCUUAAAGCGAUAGCAGUGAAAAUUAAACAGAGGGAAGGUGGUGCUUUCAGUACAACACCAAAAGAGAUUUCAAUAACAUUACAAAUAACUGAUAACAUGAAGAAGAAAGAAGAUUAUUUGAUUGUAAAACGAGCUGGAUUCCUCACAGAUUCUCCAUUUCCUGAAAAACUCCAGAAUGCUUAUGAGAAUGGACAGGUACAAAAACUACCAAGAGGUGGAGUUGCUAUUGUUUUGUCUCCAGAACCCAAAAUCACAGGUAAAGCUUAUUGUACUUUACCUCUUCCAGUGAACACAGGUUUACCUGUUCAUGUGAAUGGGCAAUUUGCGUUGGAUCAUGAGUCUAGGAGAAACUUGUGGAAAGGUGAAAACUCAGUUCAGUUUUUAUGGAAUUGGCAGCUUGGCAAAUCUUUAAUAGUACCAGCCUACAUAUCUGCUCUACAGGAAUAUAAACUGUAUCCUUUGCCAGCUCGAGAAUACAGUAUGAAGAACACAGAUUUAAUUCAAAUGAUCCAACAGUUUGAAUCUCUAUUCCCGAAGAAGAGCAAUGCUAGUGAUAUUUAUUGGAAAGAUUUAGUAGAAUCUAUUUAUCACAAAAUAGCAAAAGAUAGAUUCAGCCUGUUCCCUGUUAUUUUAGAUAUGGAUAAUAUUUCUCAUUGGUUUGAAAUUAACUGGGUACCAGUUCAGAUAGAUGAUGACUUUGCUGGUUGUUUUAACACACUUCAUCAAUACUAUAAACUCAAGAAAACAACUCAAGAUGCUACUUUUUUCAGGUCUUCAGCCUUGUCUUUCAAAAAAGCACACUCAAAAAAUGCUGAAGAAAUGGAACUGACACAUCAACCGGAAGAACUAGAGAAGAUUUUGGUCACACUGGGAAUGAAAGUUUUGAAAUCAGCCAGUUGGAUUCGACAAGAAAUUGAAGGAGCUAAAACUGUUAGUCCAGAGUUGGUAUUGAAGUUUCUAAAAUCUCAUGCAAAUCAAGGGCAACCCAAUGGAUGUAUUUUAGGAGAACUGCCAGAAUAUAUUAAUCAAACUACAUUUAAAACAGUAGCUAAUUUGAAGAUCGUGUUUGAGUUUGUGAUGAAAGCCAUUGAUCAAGAAUACUCCCAAAACAGAAGCCAAAAGGAGUCCGAAUCAAUUGAUUUCUUGUAUGGAGCACCACUUUUACUAAAACAAAAUCAUCAACUAUCUGUUUUUAGUGAGGAUAGCAUAGUUACUGUAUCAAAAUUCUGUGAUCUUUUACCUGAAUAUUCGAACCGGUUUCUUUCCCUAGAUAUUUUACCUAUUCUUGAAGACUAUGUUUCAGUAUAUCAACCGCUUAAACAAUGGAGCAUUGCAGAAUUUGCGGGGUGGUGUAAUGGUACAGAAUUACAUAGAUUUAUUGGUCAGGGCACAGUGAUGUCUUGGAGUGGUGAAAAACCUGUAAGUGAGCUAUGGCUGGUUAUGCUCUGGAAGUUUCUUAACUAUCAUAUACUAAACUCAGCAGAUGACUGCAGAUCAAAAUCUUUAGAAAACCAUUUGAACCCAGUUAAAUCCUUUUCUAUACUUCCUGUUGAAAUUGCAAGUAACACAUUUCAGUUGUAUCCAUUGAGUCAAGCUGAACAUGUUAUAGACUAUGUACAUCUAUCCUCCUUUGAUAUGCCUGGCAUUCUUGUAUUAAAAAACACAGAGGAGAUUCUCAAAAACUUAAGGUUUCCAAACUUACGCCAUUUUAUCUUGGAUCCCACCUUCACGUACAGAGCCUGUGAAAUAGUGGCAGAUAUGAAACAUCCAAUACGGAUCAUUGAAGUAUUAUACACAAACAGUAAUUGCUUAGAAUCAAUAGACACUGAAAAAGCAAAAGCCAUUUUACAAUAUUUUAAUGUGUUUAAAAAAGAAAUGUUGGCUUUUCAGAAUAAAUUAAAACAACUAAAACUUUAUGAAACACAUGAUGGUGAAUUGAUUACCUUAGAUAUGCCAAAAACAUAUAUCAGACUAUUGGAUUCUUCCCCACCACAAGUACCUUCACAAGGUCUUCAACACUGGUCAUCUGUAUCAAAUGUCAUUAUCUUAAAACGCCACAGCAAGCUUGAUGAUCUAUUUAAAACUAUCGGAAUAGAGGAUACUUCACCAACAGACCUCUACUUAACAUAUAUUCUUAAGUGGUUUAAUGGCUUUAAGGAUGAAGACCAGUCGUUGUAUCAUCUGAAGUACAUUAGAGACAAGCUGUUGACCAAUAUGGAAGAGGAUUUUAAACCCAAAAGAGAGGCAUUAAUUAAAAUGCUAACAGAAGUCAAAUUUAUUUCAUACAGAAGUGUAAAAAGAGUAGCCUCAUCCUUCUAUGAUAAUAAAAAUGAAGUAUUCAAGGAGAUGCAUGAAUUACUUGACUUUCCACCACCACCAUUUAAUGACCCUACAUGGAGACAAUUCUUGAUUCACGCUGGACUGAUAUGUAAAGUGUCAGAAGAAAACUUUGUCUUUUUUGCAGAAACGAUUGCCAAAGUAGCACUUUCUAAUGGUGUAACAGACAAAUUAAAAAAUCAAUCACAAGUACUUGUCAAUUAUCUGUUUGAAAUGAAACCUACUAAUAACAAAUCUAUUAAUAACGUACAAAGUAUCUGCACGAGAAUAAAAAGCAUCAAAUUUCUUGAACAAGAGAGUUUACAAGAUGAUGACUACAGAAUAAAAAUUUCUUCACAAUUUGGCAGCUGUAGAAAUUUUAUAGAAUUCCAGAAUUCAUAUGAUUACUCACAUUUUGAUCUAAUUUGGUCGGUGAAAAAUGUUCUGAAAAGAAAAAAUUGCGAUUUAGCAAGACAGAACGGGCGUUAUAUUAAUUGGUUCAAACUGUUAGGAAUAUCAAAAACAGUGGAUUCAACCACAUUCAUCAGAAAUAUGCAAAAUGUGUGUUCAUCUCUGACAGAUAAAUCAGUUCCAAAUAGAAUUAGCUUAGACAACCAGAAGAAGUUAUUUGAAACAUAUUAUAAAUUUCUACAAGGUAAGUUACCUAAGGUAAGGGAGGAACUUACGGAUCUUAAAGAUUAUCAUACUAUAUUUUUACCAGAUGAUGGAUUGCUUGUUCCAGCUUCCUCAGUUAUUCUCGAAAGCAGUCCAGACUAUUUUAUCGAUGGACACAUAUUUAAAGCCCCAAUAUAUUAUGGCAAAUAUUUUGAUGUCUUUGAGGCACUUGGAGUAAGAAAAUCUGCCAUUCCUGACGUAUAUCUUGAAGUUUUGUGUUGCAUUGAAGAAAACUGUAAUGGUGAGAAAUUAGAUCCAAAUGAAUCUCUCGCUGUUCAAAAAUGCAUCAAACAAUUGAACAUUCUAUGGAAAAAGCAUGCAGAUCAAAAAUAUGAGUUGAAAAAACCAAUAUUGUUUUUACCAAAUCAACAAAAUGUGCUAACAAAUUCAACCGAGCUUGUCUUUAUAGAUGACAAUUCUAUUUAUCACCGAACUAAACAGCUUUGUAUUGACUUUUUUAUUGGAUACAAAUGUUUGGAAAUGGAGGUACCUGAUCCUAACAGCAUUCAUCGUUUCUGGCCAGAAGAAUACCAGAUGAAGAGAUUAAGUAAAAUAGUAAAAGAAGGACUAAAUCAAGAUUGUAUUCAAGGAGCAGUAUACGGUGAGCUGGCUAAUGAAGUGAGUAAAAGGCUAAAACAUGAUGAAAUGCUUAAUGCUUUAAUGCGUUUACUGAAACAUGAUCAACAUAAGUCUGAAAUAGCAUUGGAUGAUGAAGAAACCAUGAAAAAGAAACUCCAAACCAUAGUAGACAUAAAGAUAUGUGAAGUUAAAUGCCUCUCAAUGGAACUCAUCUAUCAAGGAAAGGUGGUACCUAAUAGUGAAUGUAAAAAGUUAGCAUACUUUGUAGAGUCGAGCCAACAAAACAAAUCCACAAAAGAUUAUAUUUUAUACGUCAAUCAAGGAAUCUCUGUAGAAAACUAUGAACUCAAAAAAACAUUAUUUGCUCUUCUGAAACGAAUUCUCAACAUAUCCAUACAAAUUGAAAGCAUGCUUUUUAGUGAACUCUGGGGUAUGAAUCACUCAGAAAUUUCAGAAUUUCUCAAUAAUAGAAAGAUUAUUCAUUUUGAUUAUGCUGCAAUAGCAACCAGUAUAUUUCCUGAACUAGGUACUGAGAUUCCAACAGAUCUUCACUUUCUGUUAAACAAUGGUUUUAGUGAGUUUUAUGAAGGUGAAUAUGUUGGUUUUGAAGUUUUUGAUCCUGAUCUUGAAGAAACAAAUUCUGAAGAUGUAGAAUAUUCACCAAUGUAUAUAUAUGCCAAAAUUGUUAAAAAGGUAAAAGCAGAAACAGAUGAGGAAUUUGCUACAUUCAGCAUAGAUGUUGGUGACGACGACGAUGUAAUAGAAGUUUACUUUUUUAAGAUCUACAAGUUCCAUCGAACACGAAAAAGUAAAUCUAGAACAUUGGAAUUAAGUGAGAAAAUGAAAGAAGAUAAUUUAGCUGAAUCUAGUCAAGAUAUCACAACCAUAUUGCAGGGUAUCCGUAAGACUUUGAUGAAGGCUUGGAAACUUCCAGAAAUAGAAAGAAAAACAAUCCUAAAACGGCUGAUAUUGCUAUGGCAUCCUGAUAAAAAUCUACAUGAUCAAAAAAUGGCAACUGAAGUUACCCAAAAGAUAUUCAUGUAUGUGAAUAGAUUAAAAAAUGGUCUCUCAUUAGAUGAAGUUGAUGAAACUGAUGGCCACACAAGUUCCAGUAACUAUUACUCAGAUGAUGAUUCAUAUGGAUAUUUCUACAACAACAUGCAUUCAAGAGGAAGGAGCUAUGCCAGAAACUUCCAAGAUCACUGGUCAGAUGAAAGUUAUGAUCAUCACCAUACCUGGAUUCGGACUGAACCGAGGCCGAUGCCAGAUCAUGCUGUCCGAUGGCUGAAACAAGCUGUAAGUGAUUUAAAAGCAGCUGAACUUUUUCAACAGAAUAUUGGUGAUGAUUUUCAUAAUUGGGUAUGCUACAAAUGCCAGCAGGCUGCUGAGAAAGCUCUGAAAGCUGUUUUGUAUACAAUAGAUGGAAAUAAAGUAACACAUGAACACAAUGUGUAUCAAGUUGCUUGUGGUUUACCGUACGAUAACUUAAAAACACUUGCAUUAGAACUACAAAAUAUGAUUGGUUAUCAUACUCGUAUGCGAUAUCCAGACACACUUAGUUACCCACAAAUUCCAAAUGAUGUAUACAACAAAGAUCAUUCCCAAAGAGGCUGUGAAAUAACAAGAAAGAUUGUGAAUGGAGCAUCUGAAAUAAUCAAUUAAAUUUUCAGAUGAUUUGAGGGGAGAACAGAGUAAAAUCUAAAUGACAAAAGGACAGAGAGCAUCUAUAUUACUGUGAUUUUUAAGGUUUUUUUUAGAUAAGAUUUCUGAUGUAAUUUUACAUUUUUUGAAAUCUAUAUUUGUAAGUUUUAAUACUUUAAAGUAAAUAUGUUUUGUUCAUUCUACUAUUUUUAUAGUCUUUCUGUAGUAGGUAUUCCCUAUAUUACUAUAUUACUGUGAUUUUUAAGGGUUUUUUUAGACAAGAUUUCUGAUGUAAUUUUACAUUUUUUGAAAUCUCUAUUUGUAAGUUUUAAUAUUUUAAAGUAAAUAUCUUUUGUUCAUUCUACUAUUUUUAUAGUCUGUCUGUAGUAGGUAUUCCCUACAUUACUAUAUUACUCUGAUUUUUAAGGGUUUUUUUUAGACAAGAUUUCUGAUGUAAUUUUACAUUUUUUUAAAUCUAUAUUUGUAAGUUUUAAUAUUUUAAAGUAAAUAUGUUUUGUUCAUUCUACUAUUUUUAUAGUCUGUCUGUAGUAGGUAUUCCCUAUAUUACUAUAUUACUGUGAUUUUUAAGGGGUUUUUUUAGAUAAGAUUUCUGAUGUAAUUUUACAUUUUUUGAAAUCUAUAAUUGUACGUUUUAAUAUUUUAAAGUAAAUAUGUUUUGUUCAUAUGGUACUUUUUAAAAUGAAGAGAAUGCAAUAUGAAAUGGCUGCAAUGACUGUUGGGUUUGUUUUGCCAAAUUUACAGACUAAAUAUUAACAAACAAGUGGUUGUGACAACGCCCCAGGGGGUCGGGACAUGCACCACAAUGAAUAAUUGCUGUCUUUACGGUAUAUGGUAUAAAUAUGCCAAUUGCUAAGAUGAUCCAUUCAGAAUUGCAGCCUGUAGACAAUAAAUACAAACAUUGGAUGUGGCUCUGCCCCUGGGGGUUGGAUGGAACAAUAUAAAUAGGUACCACCCUGUUAUUGAAAUGAUUGAUAUGCUGAAUUUGAACAUAAUUGCAACCUGUAGAGUAUUUACAGACAAAAAAUUAACAAAAAAAGUGGGUGUGAUACCACACCACCAAAACAAAUAGUUGCUAUCCUUACAGUAUAAGGAAUAAAUAUGCCAAGUUUCAAGAUGAUCCAUUCAGAAUUCCAGCCUGUAGGCAAAAAACACAAAUAUUGGGCGUGGCUCUGCCCCGGGGUGUUGAGGGGCGGGUGGGGGUGGACAUGGAACGAUAUAAAUAGGUAUAACCCAUUGAUGGAUCAUUCCAAAUUGGAUCCAAAUCUGUUAAUAAUUGCAUCCUGUAUAUCUUUUACAGACUAAAUAUUAACAAGUUAUUAUUUGUGUACUGAUCUUUGUACGCUAAUACUGAAAUAUGGUAAUGUGGUCAUAUAUUGUCGUCACUCCUUUCAUCCACCAUAGCUAAUAUCCAGUUGACUUUAAAUUAAAACAAAGUGUUUAUGGUCAUGAGAUGAAAAAUCCUGUUGAUUUUUAAUGUUUUCUGAUAAUUACUGCAAAAUAUGGAGCCCCUCAUGGGGAGAUAAAGUUAAUACCGAAUCUGAUUGAUUUCACAGAGUCAUAUGACGAAUAAGCCUAUUCAUUUUCAACGAUAUUCAAAAAUUACUUCCAGAGUUAUGGCCCUUGACCCCUGUGAAAAAUCUUGUGGAUGUUCUGGAGACCAAAGUUACUGGUAUCCUCCGAUUGACUUUGAAUUUAUAUAGUGUUUGGCGUCAUGGGUUGACGAAGCCAUUUUACUUUCAAUGAUUUCCGAUAAACUGAACAGCUAAAUUCUUGAUAAUACACAUUUUGCAUACUGAACUAGAACCCAAACAAAUUCUGAUAAUAAUGAAUGGGUUGUUACUUGUAAUUAGAGUUUAGCGUUUUCAUUACUGACAAAAGAAAAAAUAUGCAACAACCCUUGUUGACUGUUUAAAAGCAAAAGUAGGUUAUAAUAUUACCCAUGUACAUUGACCAGUUAAAGCUGACUGAUAUAUUUUGUGGGACUCCGUAUAAAGAUGUUUAUUAUGUUAAUUUGAAUAUUUUAUUAUAGUAAUAAAACAUAUUCUAUUUAU